AUGAGAGAGAGGUCCUCGCACCUCGCAAGGUUUCGGCAGCACUAUAUAAACGCGUCCAUUAGACUAGCUCUUUACAAGCAGAAAACAACUCCGAUCAACAUGAACACUUUGUAUUACGUUGUCUUCGCCAUCGUUGCGGUUUCCGCGUACGCCGCGCCAGUGGACAAUAGCACACCAGUGCCAAUUCUGGCGUAUACCGCCGAUGGUCCCAAUCCGGAUGGCUCGUACGACUUCAACUACGAGACUGGAAACGGCAUUAAGGCGGAGGAACACGGUCAACUGAAGCAACUGAACGAGACGAAUUCAGUGAUCGUCGUUCAAGGAUCCUAUAGUUAUUCGGAUGCUGACGGAGCUCCUGUUGCCCUGAGCUACGUCGCUGACGAGAAUGGUUUCCAACCAAAGGGCGAACACCUUCCAACCCCUCAUCCGGUACCAGCUGGAAUUCUAAGAGCCUUGGAAUACAUCGCUGCACACCCUGAACAAGACAAUGCACGUUGA